AGCGUAGAGCAUCAGAGGCAGAAAUACAUCAUUCGAUGCAGCGAUACUCUGAUGUAGAAGUAGACCUACGAUGAUCCUGUUUGUGUUACACACGAUGGCGACUAGACUGCUCCUACUUCUCUGUCUGUCUGGACACGUAUUUUCCAAAGAACCACCUGAUGUGGACUGUUGGGUGAUUCAUCUGGAACAUGUCAACUGUUCCUGGAAUAAACAAGGGACCCCAGACGUCAAUUACACCUUCUACAGUUGGUUCCAGAGUGACAAAAAGAACUGCACCACCUAUGUGUCCGAGAACAGCAUGAACACUGGAUGUAUCCAACCCUACGACGAGCUGUUAACCAGAAGGUUCCUCACGUUUCACACACGACUGUCACACGGCAACAAGACAUGCGAGAAGGAGCAUCAACUGAAACAAAGAGUGCUGUUAUAUCCACCAAUCAACCUGACUGUCAAGAAUGGCUCGGACUAUAACCUGUGGUUUUACUGGAACCAGACUGCUGCGCAUUGUGCGGCGAGUGAAGUUCGCUUCAGGGUCAACGACAAGAAUUGGGAGAAUUCUCUGGUCAGUAUUGGGACUCAGAAAUACUGCAUCAACUUGCCUUCCAGCAGUUCCAGGUAUGAGCUGCAAGUGAAGAGCAGAGUGGGGAAAGACUGCGGAGAGUCUUCUAACUGGAGUAGCUGGAGUGAGCCUGCAGUCUGGGGAUCCAACAACAGCAUAGACACCAAUGCAGAUGUGUCUACGUGGACUCCACUGCUUUAUGUGGUCGCUGCUGUUGUUCUCAUCCUGUUUGUCGUGAUGUUGGUGCCCAAUGAAAGGCUCCGAAUCAUCCCAAUCCCUGUAAUUCCAAAGCCAUCCCUGGUCCUUUACGACAUUGAGGAUUGGCCUCAAUUCUCCAAAGGCCUGAAGGGGAAUUUGAGCUACAACGAGCACGCCUGUCCUGUCCGGGAGUACUGCCACGUCUCUGAGUCCGACAGCGACAGCUCUGAUGGCUCCACCUGCUCCGUCACCACUGACCAAACCGAUUGCUCCGUCUCCAUCGCUGUGAACAAUGCAGACGACCUUUCCACCUCCGCAGGUCUUCUCUCCUCUCAGGAGGAGGAGCAGGUCUCUGUGUAGGAGGCCUCUCAGUCAGGGUCGGGGUUUGCCGUGACUUUUCGAUCAGGAAAUUCUUAUACUGACAGACACAUCUAAGAAUACAUGAUGUAUGCUCUUUAAAUUCUCCUUGUCAGAUGAUAUCAUAGUAUAUUGAAACACUUAAAGGCAAACAAUUAAAUCUAAAUUAUUUAGUGUGUACGGAGUCCAACCACAAGAUGCAAAAACCCAGCUUCACUAUUUUUGAAUGUAACUUUGUCAGGAGAGACAUGGUCUUAAGAAGAAGCUGCAAUAAAAUGACCCAUCGAAAAUCUAUAUAAGCAAA